AUGCGCUAUGAUGUGUUCAAACUCAUCCCUUUUAACACAUCCUCUCAGUGUGAUGGAAUCGGCUAUGGAACCAAAGCUUGUGACUCUGGCCUGGUCUGUGUGUACAUCAACGACUGGUACAGCCAGUGUCAGAAGGGGACAUCCACCUCCACUCGCCAGUCGUCGUCAUCGACCACCACUCGCCCAACCUCCAGUAACCCUCCGACAAGCACCGUAGCUAGCUCCACCACGAGUGGUAGCACGUCGACUGCAACCGGUCUCGGUGCCCGCAUGAAGGCGAAGGGCAGGCUCUACUUUGGUACUUGCGCCGAUUCUGGAACUCUCAGCAAUACCCAGAACUCCAACAUCAUCAAGGCUCAAUUCAACCAGUUGACUCCAGAGAACUCGAUGAAGUGGGACACCAUCGAGUCGUCUCAAAACAACUUCAAUUUCAAUGGAGGCAAUACGCUGGUCAAUUUUGCCCAGUCCAUCGGGGCCUAUGUCCGUGGUCAUACCUUUGUGUGGCAUAGUCAGCUCCCAAGCUGGGUAUCUAGCAUCAGCAACAGUGCAACAUUGACCAGUGUCAUCCAAAACCACAUCACCAAGGAAGGUGGCCAAUGGAAGGGCAAAAUAUAUGCUUGGGACGUGUGCAAUGAGAUUCUUAACGAAGACGAUCAAGAUGGCUCCAUGCGUAGCUCGGUGUUCUACAAUGUCCUCGGAGAGAACUUCGUUUCAAUUGCUUACAACCAGGCACGAAGCGUAGAUCCCAACGCCAAGCUGUAUAUCAACGAUUAUAAUCUUGACAGCGCAAGCUAUGGGAAAACGACAGGCAUGGUCUCUCGUGUCAAGAAAUGGAAAGCUGCAGGGGUUCCAAUCGAUGGUAUUGGUUCGCAAGCCCAUUUGUCGUCCGGCGGCGCUGGUGGGGUACAGGCUGCUCUUGCGGCUCUCGCCGGUACCGGUGUUAGCGAAGUCGCUAUUACCGAGCUAGAUAUUGCAGGAGGAGGAGCAAAUGACUAUGCCACGGCGGUGAAGGCUUGCUUGGCUGUCUCUACCUGCGUUGGUAUCACCGUCUGGGGUGUCAGCGACAAGGAUUCGUGGCGCUCGAGUACGACUCCUCUGCUUUACGAUAGCAACUACCAGCCCAAGGCCGCUUUUACUGCUGUCAUGAAUGCAUUGGCCUAA